UAAUAAUCGUCGCCUGAGUAAGAUGUCGCACUUUCCGCCGCACUACAUUCCACCGACGGGUCACGGCACACCCCUACCGCACAACCCACACGAGGGUCCCAUAUCGAGCACAGUGUUUCCUCCGGAUAUGAACCCGAACUAUCCGCAUCAGCCAAUCGGAGUACAUCAUCCACCAGGAGGAGUUCACCCACCGGGACACUAUCCACCACCACAUCUGAUGCCGCCGCCAAUCGAUCCACAACCUCCACACUAUCCACCCGGCCAUUAUCCACCAGGGCACUAUCCACCAGGGCACUACCCACCGCACUAUCCGAUGCCGCACGAUCAAGCUGUUGCUUACGGAGGACCUAAAGCACCAUUCAAGAAAUAGCCCACAUAUGUAAUGAUCUUGUGCUUUAUUAGUGGUUAAGGCUUAUUACAUUAUCCACACAAAAAAAAACAACGUAGUAUAGCUCUGUAGUUCAUAUUUAUGAAAUUAUCCAUGAAAAUAUACAUAAGUUUAUUAAAAGUUGCAAAAUAAAAGUGUACAUGUAGUGUAAGAAACAAAUUGUACAAAUCGGCAAC